CAUGCAUUCAGUCGUGCUGCAGAGUGAAGAGCGGCUGAGCGAUCGCAUUCGCAUACAGGAGGCUGUCGUAGGAGGUCGGGCCAACGGAUUGAAUGCCCACUUGUCCGAUAACAGAGCGGACGGACAGGUCACGGAGCUGAGGUAUAUCAUUGCUUGCUGCGCCCGCGUUCCUAGUCUUGUUCGCAAACACUUCUCAUCCCUCGCGUUCUCGCAUAUACACACUUGAAUAAUCAUGGCCGGCAAGGCAGACCAUCUUUGUGUGCUUGUUCAUGGGCUUUGGGGAAACCCACAGCACCUUGACUUCCUGCGGACUUCUCUCCGCGACAAAUUUACCGAGGAGAAAAUCCAUGUGCUCGUCACGAAACGCAACGCGGGGAGCUUCACAUACGACGGCAUAGACACGGGAGGCGAACGCGUCGCGCACGAAAUCGAAGAACGACUGGACGAGCUGGCACAGAGUGGACAUGCCAUUCGGAAGAUCAGCGUUAUUGGAUACUCGCUGGGUGGACUUAUCGCACGCUACGCUAUUGGCCUGUUGUACUCGAAGGGGCUGUUCGAGACGGUAACGCCCGUGAACUUCACAACGUUUGCCACACCACAUCUCGGAGUAAGGACACCCAAACGCGGAUAUUUCAGCAAUGCGUUCAACGUCUUGGGUGCGCGCACCCUUUCCACCAGCGGGAGGCAAAUGUUCUUGAUCGACAGUUUCAGAGACACCGGGCGGCCUCUCCUUUCCGUGUUGGCCGAUACGGACAGUAUCUUCAUCCAAGGGCUUGCGCAGUUCAAAAACCGCAGCUUAUACGCAAAUACCAUAAACGACAAGACCGUGGCCUACUUUACCGCUGGCAUAUCUCAGACGGAUCCCUUCGAACGGAUAGACGAGUUCAAAGUCAACUACUUGGAUGGAUACGAGGACGUGGUUGUCGAUCCGCAGCAUCCCGUAGACGCGAAAGAGCCAGAAGAGCUUCCCGUCUUCCGCCAACGUCUCUCUAUUGGCACGCGUGCGUUCUUCCGCAAGAUACCCACUAUCGCCUUCUUUAUAAUAUUCGUUCCGAUUGGCACAACCUUAUUACUCAGCAAUGCUGCGAUCCAAUCCGUUCGAAGUCGCCAACGUCUACGACUCCAUGAGACUGGAAUGGCUGGCAUCGACGUCAAAGGCUAUCGCAUUCCUUUGAUGAUAACUUCAGCGCGUCAAGAAAUGGAAGACAUGUAUGAAAACAUGAACAACAGACAAGGUCAGGAUUAUCUUGGUGCCGGAGAAGAAGAGCUAGCAUCACCUACACAGCAGAGGGCGUUUUCUUUCUCGAGACAAGCGGAUUCCGCGAACUCUAAAGCAGAUUUGACUGCCACCGAGAAGUCCGAACCGCAACUCGAGUUCCCCACGUUGGCACUUACGGAGCAUCAAUUCAAGAUGAUCGAGCACCUGGACAAUGUUGGGUUCAAAAAGUAUCCCAUUCAUAUUAAGAACGUUGGACACACCCAUGCGGCCAUAAUCCGACGGAUGGAUGUACCUAGAUUCGAUGAGGGUCACAUUGUCGCCAGGCAUUGGCUCGACAACUUCGAAGUUUGAUCUCACCAUAGUCGUCCGUCCUUCUUUGUAUCUCCGUUUGGUCCUAGCGAAGUUUCCACGGUGUUUGAACAGACAGCAUGGUGCAUAGUCAGGAGUUGUUGGUUUUGACAUGAGCUAGAUAAUGUCUUCAGUAGAGUAAAGAUGCUUUUCCAUUUAUUAAGGGAUACCCAAGUUGGUCAUUGAAUAGCGUAGAUUCGCAUACAUAGUAAUAAUUUAAUUGAACC